GUAUCCACAGUUUUCGAUCAAUAUGGAACCCUUCUGAUCGUGUAAUAACCCACCUCCUUAUUUAUCUUUCAAACAGAGUUUCAUUCUCUUAAGAGAUUCAAAACAGAAAACAAAAAAUUGAAAAAAAAGAAGUUUUUUUUAAUCUCCGUCCGAUGUCGUCGAUACCUAUUCCUCACGAUGACGCAAUCACCGCCGAACAAACGCCGUAUCCGGCGGCGCCACCGAAGGGCAGCAACACGACGACGAGUCUAUCAACGAAGAUCCUCUCCAAAAUCCUCGUUGGUUUCAUCAUGAUCCCCGUAGCUUUAACCGCCCUUCUCUUCAUCCUCAUGUCUCUCGGCUUCUCCGUCUUCUUCUUCGCCCUCUACUGGUUUCUCCACCGCAACUACCGCCGCCGCCUCCGUCGCCACCUCCGUCACGAAUCCUCGGAUGGGUUGUCUCCCAGAUGCGUGAAGAGCCUUCCCCAGUUUAAGUUCUGCGAGGCGACGCAGUUCGGAAGCGAGUGCGUGGUUUGUAUCGAUGGGUUCAGACAAGGGCAGUGGUGUCGGAGAUUGCCUGGAUGCGGGCAUGUGUUUCAUAGGAAGUGUGUGGACUUUUGGUUGGUGAAAGUUGGGACUUGUCCGAUUUGCAGGGAUAGGGUUUAAAGGAUUGGAAAGAAGCAAAAAGGUGAGAAAUUUUUGAUGGGAGAAGAAGGACGUACUUAGUUCGGUCUAGUGGUUAGAUUUGUUGUUUCAUAGUUCGUUUGGUUCGCUUCAGUUUUAUUACGAUGAUGUUAAAACAAAUUUGGUUUUUCAUCAAUAAUCAAUCAUGUACAGUUUUUUUAUUUUAUUACAGAGCUCAACAAAUUGAAAGCUUGUUCCUUUCUUC